CCCCGGGUCACCCUGCUCCAAAACGCCAGUGGCUAAGCCUAUAAAACUCGUAUAAACUCAAGUCGAUGUCUCAGAGCUGAAGCCUCCAUAGGCUAUGGGCGUCACACUGUGAAAGAUUUGACCUACACCAGAAGCGAAAAUGUCGGCUUCCAAGUUCGCACUGCACGGAAUCGGAACCGCACUAUUCCGUGCCCCACGAACAUUCUCUGCAAAUCCUCCCCCUCUUCUCGUUUAUAAGCCCCCUCCUCUCAGGACGCUGCGGUUCCAACGGUACAGUUACUCUGCUGAGGCUGAUACAAUCACUGCUGACAACAGCAACAAGAACGAAACCCUGUCCUCCGUUGAUCAAUCCGUUCAACAUCCGUGGCCCGAAUGGGUGUCCUUUGUUGACCGCUUGAAGAUAAAAGGUUAUCUGACUGAAUCGUCUGCUGCUUCUUCUUCUUCGUCUUCAGCUGAGGUUGGGGAUGAAUUUGACGCUUCCACUAAUGGUGUUGGCGUCACGAACUCAAGUGACAGUGUUUACAGGAACAUGAAUCUUGUCAAGAAUGCCUGUCUAAGCUUCGCGCGUGACCGCUAUGAUGUCUUCAAAUCACUUUCAGAGGAAAAUAUUCAAACAGUGGCAAAAGCUGGAUGUCCUAAUGUGUUGCGGAAGGUUGUUAAUUCAUCUAAAAGGUUAAGAGCUCACGUGGGAUUAGAUGAAGGGGAUGUUUGUAGUACCUGCAACCUACGAGGCUCCUGUGAUAGAGCUUAUGUGAUUCUAAAAGAGCAUGAAGCUGGCCGAACUGUGGAUAUAGUGCGUAUACUUUUGAUUCAUGCAUUGGAUCCUCUAGUUAUUUCUGGAGGAGAGAAACCUCCAGGCAGAGAGGAUAUUGAAUUGUCUGCAAGAAAACUUUUGUCUGAGUUGAUUGAAUUGAGUGAAUCAUCCAUGGCUCCUGAACCUCCAAAGCUCCCUAAAAACAUGCUGUGUUUAAAGCAAGCAACUGAUAUAGUAUCUAAAGAUGUUGAUAUGAAGUCGGGUGACUGGACAUGUCCAAAGUGCAAUUUUAUGAACUUCUCUAGAAAUGCGAAAUGCCUAAAAUGUCGAGAGGAUAAGCCUGCUGGUUUGCCUGAGCAGGGAAUGAAAAAAGGAGACUGGAUCUGCUCUAAAUGCAGUUUUGUUAAUUUUGCACGAAAUAUGUGCUGUCUUAAAUGUGACACAGAGGGCCCAAAGAGGGUCAAUGCAGAUAUUGAAAAGAAAAAGGGCGAUUGGGAUUGCCCAAAGUGCGGGUUCUUGAACUUCGCUGGCAAUGUGAAGUGUUUGCGUUGUCCAGAGCGAAGGCCCAUGCAACGUGCUGGGGAUUGGAAUUGUCCCAAAUGUGAUUUCUUCAACUUCGUAAAAAACAAGACUUGCCUGAAGUGCAAUUCUGAACGCCCUCUUGAGCAACCAAGUGCUAGGGAUGAGGAUCAUACAUGGAUACGGCCCACUUGAAAACUCAUCGAGUUGACAAUGUCCUUGUAGCAUAGCGACAUAUUGUUUGUCUUUUGCUACCCACCAAAUUGCGGAUUCGAAGAUUUUGGUUUGUAUUUCGUAAAUUUUAGACAAUUUUCUAUAUUUGGCUCUUCAUUAUUGAAAAAAGACGUAGCACUAGUUGCAAGGCUAGCAUUGAGCUAUAAUUUUUAUGCUCCCUAAUUUUGUAAUUAGAUUUUAGUUCAAAGUAACAAAGCAUGAGAUUGAGCAUAAUUAUGAAGAAAGGCUAGCUUUUGAAUA